AGUAUUUAAAACCAUCAAUAAUACUUUGUAUUGAACGUAAAUGAAGUACAGUAAUGUAAUGCUUGGCAAUGCAUGAAGCAUACUUAAAGCACCUUCGCCUACAGGUUCGUAUGUAGCUAACAAGAUACGCAAUGCGUAUUUAUCUACGCGUUUCUAUUGAUAACAUCACUAUACACAAGAAUUAUUCGGAUCUGUUUGAGCAACGUUUUCUAAACUGCUAGAGAGGAGUAAAACGCAACUUAAAAUCGCCAUCGUGAGCACGCAGUACUUCUCCCUGCACUUUACCGGACGUUGGGAGGGAAAGCAAUCGAAUGUCGCUGUGAUAUUUCUUUAGAUUUUCACAUUUACGUACUCUUUCACAACUUUGCAUUUUUAUAGUUCCUCAUUUAUUGAAAACCGUGAUUCAUUUGUGUUAUUUUUAAUAGCGAUUCUUACGUAACUUUUAAUAACUUCUUUCCAAAAUGAUUUAGAAAUCCGCAUAAUCGCUGCGCGACCUUAAGAUUUUUUUUUGCGAUUCAUAAAUACAUCGAUUUAGUAAAAAGUUGUCAAAGAAGAUGCCCCAUAGACCUUAAAGCGCUUCAUGCAGGUCCUGAACAUUGGCUUAUGCGACAUGUAUAAAGGAAGUCAAAAACUGUUAUCGCAGUUCAAAAGUAUUCUGUACAGAGCAAACAUGACGAACAAUUCUGAUUUGCAAGAGUACCACUCCAAGUAAGUGGCAUGGGAUAAUUGUCUCCAUUUAGUAAAAUACUUUUUUUUAUCCUUCAGCUGGUCUGUUUCGCUUUAGAUAUACUAAUGAUGAGGCAAUGAGAAUGCGUAAAAUCAAACUCCAAAACAGUUUAAGUGGAUCCUCGUUCUUUACAAUUUACUCCACUCUGUCCAAAAAAACGGGGAAUAGUUCCUUGUUAGUGACACGCAAACUGUCUCUGAAAUGAGAUCAUCUUGCAAUUUGCCAUCACUGCCAUUAGGACUCAGGUGAUUAUCCUAAUUAAUGUCUGUCUAAUUAAAUUACUGUCAGCUGUUAACCAAUAGCAAGAGCCGUUUCAUUAGUUGUGCAACCGGGGAGAUCAAAAGUGAGUCCUUCGUUACUACUGCAAACUGUCAAUUGGCCAAUCGCUUUUGGGAGAAAAAUCGAGUACAAGCCCUUUGUGAGAGUGCUUAAAGAAUUGCUUUCAAGCGGGUUGGGUUUUAGCUGUUGCUGAGGGUUUCUAUAGGGUGAAGUGCUUGCUUGUAAAGCUAUGCAGUUGGAGCACUGCUUAUCUUCAUCUAUAAUGCUCUCUAAGAAAUUUCUGAAUGUGAACAGCACUUAUCCCAACAGUGAGCUUGCUCUGCACGAUCCCAUCAUCUCGGCCAGUGAUAACCUCGAAAGAAGUUCACCUCUGAAAAAAAUUACCAGGGGGAUGACGAAUCAAUCAGAGGCAGACAAUUUUCCUGACUCCAAGGACGCGUCGGGGGACGUCCAGAGAAGCAAGCUCUCUCCUGUUUUGGACGGGGUCUCUGAAAUUCGUCAUAAUUUCGAUGGAUCAGCGGCAGACAGAUAUAUCCUGUCACAAUCGAGCCAACCACAGCAACCGGCUGCUGCUCCCAGUGCUAUGUUUCCUUAUACUGGCCAGCAUGGACCAACACAUCCUGCUUUUUCCAUUAGCAGUCCGAGCAGGUACAUGGCUCACCAUCCUGUAAUCACUAAUGGAGCCUACAAUAGCAUUCUGUCCAAUUCUUCUCCCCAAGGCUAUCCGGGCAGUGGUUACCCUUAUCCUCAACAGUACGGACACAGUUACCAGGGAGGACCUUUCUAUCAAUUCUCUUCUGGUCAACCAGGACUGGUUCCCGGCAAAGCCCAGGUGUAUUUAUGUAAUAGGCCGCUGUGGCUUAAAUUCCACAGGCAUCAAACGGAAAUGAUCAUCACCAAGCAAGGCAGGCGGAUGUUUCCAUUUUUGAGUUUUAACAUCUCUGGUUUAGAUCCGACUGCACAUUACAACAUAUUUGUUGACAUAAUUCUAGCCGAUCCCAAUCACUGGCGAUUUCAAGGAGGAAAAUGGGUACCUUGCGGAAAAGCGGAUACCAAUGUACAAGGCAAUAGGAUCUAUAUGCACCCAGAUUCACCAAACACCGGUGCUCACUGGAUGAGACAAGAGAUUUCCUUUGGAAAAUUAAAGCUGACCAAUAACAAGGGUGCAUCAAACAAUAACGGUCAGAUGGUGGUUCUGCAGUCUUUACAUAAAUACCAGCCAAGACUACACGUAGUUGAAGUCAAUGAGGACGGAGCGGAGGAUUCUAACCAGCCCGGCAGGGUUCAAACAUUCACCUUUCCAGAAACGCAGUUUAUAGCAGUUACAGCAUAUCAAAAUACAGAUAUCACACAGUUGAAAAUAGACCACAAUCCUUUUGCCAAAGGAUUCAGAGAUAACUAUGACACGAUCUACACGGGCUGCGAGGUGGACCGGCUCACCCCGUCCCCGAGCGACUCGCCGCGCUCCCAGAUCGUGCCGGGCACCCGCUACGCCGUCACCCAGUCCUUCCUGCAGGAGCAGUUCGUCAACAACUACGCCAAGGCCCGCUUCCACCACGGCGGGCCCGGGGGUGGCGAGCGCAGCGUCCCCCACAGCAACGGGCUGCUUUCCCCGCAGCAAGCCGAAGAACCCGCCGCACCCUCGCCUCAGCGCUGGUUCGUCACCCCGCUCCAGCAGCCUGCGAACAACCGCCUCGACUUCUCCGCCUACGACACCGACUUCGCCGGCAACGCCAUCCUGUCGUACGGGGUAGGGGUGAAGGCUCUGCCAUUGCAGGCUGGCACCCGACCCCUCGGCUACUACCCCGACCCAUCGGGCUGGGGUGCCCGCAGCCCGCAGUACUCCUGCAAGUCGAGCUCGGUGCUGCCCUGGGGCCGCGGCGCCUCGACUAACUCCUACCUGGAAGAGGCGGCGGCGGCGGCAGCUGCGGCGGCCGCCGCCGAGGGCCUGGGCCCGGGCGCAGGGCCCGGCGCAGAUCGCUCGCCCCUAGCGGCCGGGGCCGAGGACACUAAAGCUAAGGAUCUGCCCGACGCCGCCUGGAUCGAGACGCAGUCUUCCAUCAAGUCCAUCGACUCCGGGGAUUCGGGCAUUUACGAGCAGGCUAAGAGGAGGCGCAUUUCGGCAGACGCGCCGCCGCCGCCGCCGCCCGCCCCAGCCCCGGCCCCGACCGCUGCCCCCGAGAGCUCGUCUCCCCUCAAGAGCGAGGCGCUGACCCCGAGAGACUGCGAGAAGAACUGCGCCAAGGAGAUGGCCUUUUACGGCUUCUACUCUCACGCCUAAAGGCCUCCCUCCGGGCUGGCCGGGGCGGGAAGGACCCACCCGCCCCUCAACUCUCUCGCCUCUCCGAGGAAGUGCCAAAAAAAACCCACACCAGUUCCCAUCCCUUUGAUCAGCGAACGGCUGGUGCCAAACGCGAGUUUUCAGUUUGCUGCACAAAGACGCCCCUUUCCUCUCUGGUUGUGGUGAUGAUGCCUGUUCACGGUGGUAAUCCCGGGCUCGGAUGCACAGACUGGUGUUUUGUAAACCCCGUCAGUGUUUAAAUGUGAUAAAUAAUUAUGAGUGAAGUUUAAAAUCCGUGUGUUCAUCUAUACAGACCCCCCCCCCCUCCCCGCCACUUCGUAAUUCAAUUGAAAUUUGGGUAUGUAAAUCAUGUCUGUACAGGAAACUUCGAUUCAAUUCCUAUGUGGCCAACAUUUAUCGUUGGUGUUAAAGCGGUUCUAUAUAAAUCACAUGUACAGAAUAUUUUAAAUGGUAGAGUUUUGCGUUAUUUGUUCUCAGACGGCUCAGAUUAUAGAAUAGGUUUUAAUGCAUUCGUUUUGUAGAAACGUAGGAUUCUAGAGUUUUAAUUCCUGAAGUUGCCACGUCGUUCAGUGACAGAUCCUCCGAGGAGUAUAUUAUGAUCUGUUUGCAAUGGGGUUUGGGGGUGAGAUAGGAGGGGGCGUGUGAUUCUAUGACGCUUUUCAGGGCUGAUAUGUAAAUUUUGUCUAUUCUGUAAAGAUAUUAUUGUGCUUGUAUAUGGAUACACUUUCAUUCUGUUCCGUCUGUGAAGUGAAUGUCACAGAUCCUGUUUUUUUUUGCCAGUUUGUAUACAUUCAUGUGUAAAGUAAACUAAUAAAACGAAUGGAAUCCGUGUA